AUGAGCGACCUCCAAGCGUACCUCGCAGCCAGGUACAUGACCGGAGCGAAAGCCGAUGCCAUUCUAGAACGCUCAGGUUCACCAUCGGAGAAGCGAAAGAAGAAGAAGCGCAAGGUCGAAUCUGAAUCGAUAGCAUCGUCCGGAGGAGAAGCAUCGACGUCGUACGGUCAGACUCAAGGGAGAGGGGGAGGAUUGAUUGUGGAUGAUGAUGAUGGGAUGGAGUGGGCGAGGAAGAAGAAUGACGACGAUGAAGAUGAUGGGAGGCCAGGUGAGUGUGAUGUUCUCAAGUUGGCGAUCACGUGUCCUGUCGUGCCCCGGGGUCGUGACUUGAAGAGCACCGAGGCGCUGACCCCCGUCCGUCCUCCACUGCAUCGCACGCUCCCAGUCGUCGAACCACAAAAAGGUCAAUUCAAAGCCAAAGCCAGCACCGCCUCCUCCUGGUCCACGAUCCGAGAAGCGGCCUUUGACGAGCCCGCGUACGUUCGUACACCUUCCCCGGAACCCGUGGACGAAGAACCGGUCGUUGUCGGUUCGGUCGUACAAGACGCUGCACCGCCACCACCACCACCCUCAAAAGGCGGUCUACAGUCAGCAGCCUCUUUACGAGCUGAACAAGCUAGGAGGGAUGUCGAACUCGCGGCGCAGAAGAAGCAGGCUGAUGCCGAACUCGAAGCUCGCAAGAGGGAAUUGAGGGAACGAGGGGAGACGCUAGACGAGGAUGUACAAGGCGACGAUGAUCAUACCGCCACUGUAUAUCGAGAUUCGUCGGGUCGCAAGAUUGAUCUCAAGUUGGCCAAAGCGGAAAAGGCCAAGCAAAAGAGGGAAGAGUUGGAAAAGGAGAUUAGAAAGAUGGAAUGGGGGAAAGGGCUCGUUCAGAGGGGGGAGAAGGAACAGCGCCAGAAGGAGAGGGAGAAGAUGGCCAACCUUCCUAUGGCGAGGUAUGCUGAUGACGAGGACAUGAAUGAGGAGAUGAAGGAUCGCGAGAGGUGGAACGACCCUGCCGCGAACUUUCUCACGGUGCGUCGAGUCGCGAGUCGUUCGAAAUCAUCGGCUGGCGAAUGUUAGCUCAUAUCUCCCUCCCAACCAACUCCGCACAGAAAAAGAAGAAGGACAUAUCAACAGGGCCCAAAUACCCCAAGUACACUGGACCGAUGCCCGCACCGAAUCGAUUCGGUAUCCCCCCGGCUAUCGGUGGGAUGGAGUGGACAGAGUGAGUAGCUUGCGUCGAUGUCGUUAACCGCGUAAAAGCUAGUCGCUAAUCAGCGGCGCAUGACCAUCAGAGCAACGGAUUCGAAGCGACUUACAUGCAAAAGAUCAAUUCACGCAAGAUGCGGUCAGCCGAAGCUCAUGCGUACUCGACCGAGGACAUGUAA